GGGACACCACACAUUUCCUCCACUAAUAAUGCAGACUUGUUAUCUCUUCUUUUCUGGCUUAUCGCCUUAAGAUGUGCAUGAAGUUGAUCUGUUGAAACACUCAAACGAGUGCCGAAGAGGUCGACAGUGUAUCAAACAUGAAGGUCGAAUUACAGUUCAGGAAACUGGUCAAGCCAUCGGAUCCGACGCCGGAUCAUUGCCGAAAGCUCGGCCUGUCCUUCAUCGAUGACCUUUUGUUUUCUAAGUAUGUUGGCAUCGUUUUCUACUAUCGAGCUCGCGAAAGCACGCACGAGAUCGAUACUCUUCAGAGGCUCCGCUGCUUGGAGGAGUCGCUUUCCGAAACCCUUACCCUUUUUUACCCUCUAGCCGGUCGGUACGUCGAGGACGGGCUCUUCUUCGACUGCAACGACCAAGGGGUAGAAUUUGUACAAGCCAAAGUGGAUGGGACUCUGGAUCAGCUCCUCCAGGGAGAUCUUGACCGUGACCUUCUCAGUUGCUUGUCAAAGUUCCCGCCGCCAGCAGCAAACAAUCCAUUGGCCGUAGUUCAAGCGAACGGCUUCAAUUGCGGCGGAUUAGCAAUCAGCCUGCGCUUUUCUCACAAGAUAGGCGACAUGUACACCAUGGCCACGUUCAUGAACUCGUGGGCCACCGCAUGCCGGAGCGGAAUCCACGAAGUAGCCAUGCCGAAUUUUGAGCUGCCGUCUCUAUUCCCAGCGAAAGAAUCCGUGUUCAGACAAUGGCCCGCACUCCCCGUCCAGGAAAAGUUCGCGCUGGCUAGACUCGAAUUCAGCGGCCUAGCCUUGUCGAGACUGAAGGCUGCUUCCAACUCAUCGGAUUCAACAGCUACUAACCGCCAAAGGUCACGCGUGGAAAUCAUGUCUGCGCUGAUCUGUAAGGCUCUCAUCAGCAUUGAUUGCGCGACGAAAGGCCUACCGAGGCCUGCCCUCUUCUCCAUCCCGAUCAAUUUGCGCGAGAGAGUACAAUUAAAGAUCCCGGCAAAUGCGUGCGGCAACUUCUUUGCUCAAAUAAUCACUCCACUUGCUGUGGAAGAGACUGAGCCCACUUUCGACGGAAUACUGAAUCUGAUCGGUGAGGCGAAUAGGAACACGAAAUCAAAGUACGCCGCGGUCACAGAUGCAAGCGCGUUGCGCUCGAUGGUGGUGGAUUCGUGGCGAGAUUUUGUCAAUAUAUUGGGCAGAGAUGAAGCAAACGUGAUUCUAGUCAGUAGCUGGUCCAGAUUCCCACUCUACGACAGUGAUUUCGGGUGGGGGAAACCAGAUUUAGUGAGCAGCACAAGCCCUCCUAUUAGAUUAGUUGUUCUUGUGGACAGUCCGGUUGAUGGUGGAAUUGAUGCUUGGAUCACUCUAAACCAAGAUGAGAUGGUUCUUUUCAAGCAGCAUCCUGACAUUGUGGCUUGUACUUCCUAGGAAU